UUCCUUGUGUGGAUUGUCCGGAUGGCAAGCAAUGGAUCGUCGUGCUGGUCGGAAUCGGCUCACAAAGCCACCCUCGAGGCUCGGUCUUUGUUCGACUUCUUUGUAUAGAGACCAAGCUGAAGGCGUAGGCAAAAAGGCUAUUCAGAGAGGAAUCAUGGAUGUGUACGCGUUGUCCAACACGGCUCGCCACAUGGUGACCUGCGAACCUCACACGCGCGGCAUCGACAAAUAUCGCCAUGUUUACUUCGGAAUACGGAUCCAUGCAGAUGUAUUCUCAUAUAUUCUUGUGGAGCGCGUUGCUCUUCACCUCACGAUGUGACGAAAUUGCGACGGGGAUACACACGUCGGAGUUAGGAUUCCUGGGUUCUCCUACCGUACAGCUACCGACAGUAACGAUCACGACGACGUUAGCAUACAAACCCACUUUAGCCCCAGGAAACUCGGUAUAUUCGUUGCUAGGAUGCUACAGCUGCGGGAGCAGCGGCUCGGGAGACGGGGCGCCCUUCGGGCCAGGGCCUCGGACUACCGCAGUCGUUGGGUCGCCGUAUAAGUUCACAGCAGGCGCCUGUUUAGAGAUGUGUGCAUCGUUGAGCGCCCCUGACUGGAAGGCGUCCAAACAUUACGCAUACGCCGGGUUGAGAAGUGGAAGCGAAUGCCUUUGCGCGUCAGAGCUUACAUCAGAAGCCAGCAAGCUGUCCGCCGAUAGCUGCAGAGUAGCGUGCACAGGAGAUGCGAGGCUCUCGUGUGGGGGGCGAGAUGCAGUGGCGGUGUAUAAGGUCGUUAGUGACAGCGGCGAGGGCGAGGGUAGUCACAGCAAGGUUGAUGACAGCGAUAGUAAUGGUGUGGGGACGUCUAUCACAAUGGCUAUUCCUUCAUCUGCCUUCGGUGUACCGAGCGCACUCGUGAAGGCGACAGUUGCAUCACAACAAGCCCAAGCGGAUCUCGACCCGGCCUCUGUACCGACGUCGCCGCCAGGCACACCAGGCGCGCCGGCGUCUUCGCCAACUAUCGCCGCGAUAACAGCCACCUUCUGUGGAGCUGUAUUUCUAGCUGCAUCCCUUUUCCUCUGCUUCCGGGCCUAUAAGCGCAAGAAGCAGCAGCAACAAGAGCGACAGGGCACGCAUAUGCAAGCCACCGUCGACGAACCGGAACGGCAACGGCAACGGCCACAGAGAGCGCUACCGAACCCGAUAAACACGGCGACUCAACGCGGCGAGAAUACUGCCCACUCUGGGGGUGGGAGGGAGAGAGUUGUUGGGUUACGACGUAAGCAGGGAACGCGUGUACAUGUGCCGAGAGGGGAUAUGGACAACGAUAGUCCAAUCGUGCCCACGACACCGGCACUCGAGUCGGGAGGGCGCGCGUAUCAUAUGGGCUUACACUCGCGACGCCCUACAAUAUCCACACCAGCAGCUGUCGAACAGGAUGGCCUGUAUCAAGCGCUGAUGGGGGAGAUCCAGGACGGUCCGGCUGUCGGGAUGGCCGUAUCAUCGGAGACAGCGAUGACUCCUUCUGCCGCAAGCUCGGGUGUGCAGUGGCGAGACGUUGGGAAUAUGCCAUUGCCCUCACCAGUGACGCCGACUGCUUCAGUCGCCGUUCGACCCUCCCGCCCUAGUUCGAGCCCGCGUUCGAACGCCGUGACAACUCCCGCCGGCACUGCGCAGCCCAGGAACACCCUCGGCGACCGCGCCUGGCACCGACGCAAGCUAUCCAUGCCGUUCCAACCGCCGCCCAGCGGCCCGCCCUCGGUGCCGCUCCCGCCGCUCCCGUCGACCCCGCCGAUGCGACCGCAGCGAUCCUUCGAUACGAUGCAGCUCAUCCCUUCACCCUCGCCCCCGCCCUCGAGGACGCCCCCAAUCGUGACGGCGAAAGAUGGGGAUCAGAACCGCACUUCCCGCCCCGUAACGCCUGCCACGAGACAGGGGCCGAGACAGGGGCCGCCGCCGCCGCUCGAGCUGCAUCCGAAGAGCAUGUAUGCGCUUGGGGGACUUGCAAAUCAUAGCUCCCCUUCGCUGCCUGCGCCGCAGCCGAUUCCAAUGCCUGCCCCCACCCCGGCGCUGAAAGAGUCGCCAACAUUACCGCAGAGUACAGUCGAGAGAGAGUUCAAUUUGCGGCACGAGGGAGGUGGGCACAAUGAAGGGCCUGACGGGGAAUGGGGCCAAAGGAGAGCGAGAGGUGAUAAUUGGCCCAUAUCUCUGAGCAGUAUAGGUACGAGCAUCUUGUUCCCAUCUGAGGACGAGGAAGAAGAGGAGACACGGGACCAAGGGAGAAAACGCGAAGAGAGAUAAGACGAGGAGGAAAGUUGAAUUCGUUUAUUAUUAUCUGCAUGUUUAGGAUCUUAGAUUCUCGCUUCGUGUCGUCAUCUCCGCAACAAGCGGAACUCCUAUCGCAUCAACCAAGAACUCAAGAAAUGCCCAUCCGUAACAUUACCCUCCACCCCUUACCUCUUUUUUUUUUCUCCCCCCAUUAAGGAUCGGGAAAC